UCUCCUUUUUUCCCAGCGCUCAAGUUUGCCGAGAAAGAAACCCUAGCUGUUUGCUUCUUUUCCAACAGUUCCUCUACGCCAUCGUUGUCGAAGAUUCUCUCUAGUCAAGAUGCAGAACGACGAGGGAGUCAUCACCGAGCUUUACAUUCCCCGAAAAUGCUCUGCCACAAACAGGCUCAUCACCUCGAAGGACCAUGCGUCCGUACAGGUCAAUAUUGGGCACCUUGACGAAAAUGGUGUCUACACCGGCCAGUUCACCACUUAUGCUCUCUGCGGCUUCGUCCGUGCCCAGGGUGAUGCUGACAGUGCAAUUGAUAGGCUCUGGCAAAAAAAGAAAACUGAACUCCGACAACAGUAGGAUUCGAUUGUCUGAUGAUGAGUUUUGUUUAGCUUUUAGUCAUAUGAACACUGAAAAUGUUUCUAUGUUUGUGCGGUUUUGGAUUUCUGGUUUGAUUGUAUUAGACCAUUGAGUUAUUGAAAUCUUAUUAAGUUUUGACUCA